ACCGGCAAAGCAGCGUCGAACUCGAGAGAGUCCAGAGCGAAAAUGGCUUCUCCCUGCUCGCGCCUCGCGCGUUCGGUUCGGAGACCUCUCCUCCGCCCCGAAACCCUCGCAAGCCUUCUCUCCCGACAGCGGCGGCCUCCAUUCCCGCCGCAAGACGCGGCCCUCGCGCUCCUACCUCGAGGGAGACGAUACUCUGCCGAGAGCGUCGUCAUGUCGCCGUUCGACGCUCACAUCCUCAGGAUCCUCGACAGCAGGAUCGAGCUGGAGUCGGAGUACCCCGUCCCCGAGCCUCCUACAAAGUUUGAUUCCUUUACUGUUCAAGAUCAACCGGGUCAACGGUGGGUCACACUGAGAGGGAAUUUUGGCAAUGGAGAAGAUAUUAAAAUUGAAGCAACCUCAUUUGAUGCGGCUGUACUCGUACAAAAACCUGGUGAAGACAACUCUCGUCAAGAUAUGCGUCUGCAUAUAAGCUUACUGGUUGAUGUAUCUAAAGGGGAUGGUCUUGGGAUGCUGGAGUUUCUAUGCUCAGCAUGGCCAGACUCUUUGGAGAUUCGGAAUGUUUACCUAUUUAGAAAGGAAAUGCAGGAGAAGAUGCAUUCUUGGCCUUACAUGGGACCUGAUUCUAGGAAGUUGAAUGCAAAAAUAGGAAAUACUUUUCGGGAGUUCUUGGAGACAAGGGGAGUAAACAACAAGAUGUCUGCUUUCUUGCAUGAAUACAUGAAGAACAAAGAACGGGUGGAGCACCUUAGGUGGUUGAAAAAUGUGAAGUCUUUGAUUCAAAAGUAAAAGAGUGUUUGGCAAUAAGGAGUGAGCCAUUAAGGAAAGCCUCAGCUUGCAUCUCUUCUCUUGGAGGACUUAUUUUUUCUAAGGAGUUAUACGGAACUUGAUAUAAUGUUUUUCUGAGGCUCUAUUCUCUAUUGGCAUCAGAUGACAAUCUUAAUCUCGAGACAGUAUGGUGAAAUGGCAUUGAUGUUGCGGUCACUACUAUGGGGAUGGCUUCUGCUGUGGCAUGGAAAUCCUCAUCGUCUCUGUUGUACCUCUGUGAAUCAUAUUAGACAGAAGAAUGAAGGUAUUUAUGAGUUGAACUCGUGAAGAAAUCAUUCAUGGCUUCAUGUCAUCGUCCUAUUUCAACAGAAGCUAGUGUUUUUGGACUGCAGGCAUGGUUAGUUGAAGAAAUGCUCUGCCUUUGGCUUGUUAUCGUAAUGUUCUCCUUUUAUCUGUUUUAGUCGCCAGGGAUUUUACAUCAAUAGUUUGUGAGUGCAUUUCAGCGUCUGUCCAAAAGGAAAUCGGUACCUUCAGGCCUGGCUGGUAAAUUUGAAAAAAAAUCUUGUCUUGUUCUUGGUGAGAUUGUUUUAGUA